AUGGCAGUGGGAACAGAUCGCCGUGCGAAGAAGACGGCAGCUAGAAUAGAGCACGCCUUACUAUCGCAGCCCAUGAACACAGCAAUGCCCUUCAACCCUCCCAACUACAAUCCUGGAGUCGGUGUCCUCGUCGCCGAGUCCACAUCGACUGCAAGCCCGUCGAAUCCCCUCGAAUCCAUUCAGAGUACCUUGACAAGCCAGGAGCCUAUGACCCAAGAUCUUCUACACUCCAGUAAUAAAAGACGUCCUUCAAAAAGCAAAGUGCCUUCGGAACUCCGACGGUCCUCAUCAACACCACACAUGCGCCAAUUAGCUUUGGGAGCUCCAGGCGAGCUAUCGCCACCAAACAAUAAACCUCGUAACAAGCUGGGUUACCAUAGAACUUCUGUUGCAUGCGGUAAGCAGUUUUGGCCGGCCUUUUCACCAGGCAUUGGAUCACACAGCUAA